AUGGACUCGGAUUGCUCUAACGACUGGAGAAACGCUCACCACAGCACUGGUACCACAAUUAUGGCUGUGGAGUUCGAUGGCGGUGUAGUGGUCGGUGCCGAUUCACGUACCAGCACCGGCACCUACGUAGCGAACCGGGUGACAGAUAAGCUUACGAAGCUAACAGACAAAAUCUACUGUUGCCGUUCCGGUUCGGCUGCCGAUACGCAGGCGAUUGCUGAUAUCGUUGCCUAUUCGUUGAACUAUCACGAGAAUCAGACCGGCGAGGAUCCGCUGGUAGAGGAUGCUGCUAACGAGUUCCGUCAGUAUUGCUACAACUAUCGCGAUACACUGGUGGCCGGUAUUAUCGUUGCCGGUUGGGAUGCGAAACACGGCGGUCAAGUUUACUCGGUCCCGGUGGGCGGCAUGCAGAUUCGCCAGAGUGUCACCAUCGGUGGUUCGGGCAGCUCGUACAUUUACGGCUUCGUGAAGGAAAACUAUCGUGAAGGCAUGACUCGGGAUGCGUGCGUAGAGUUUGUGAAGAAAUCGAUCUUCCACGCGAUGUAUCACGAUGGAAGUUCCGGCGGUGUUUGCCGCAUCGGUGUCAUCACUAAGGAUGGCGUCGAGCGGGAAGUCUUCUUUGCACCACGCGACUAUGAGAAUGUCCCAAGCCGUUCCUCAGCACCAAGUGUUUCCGUGCAGGCGUAA